AUGGCAACCAUGCUUACCGUGCACCACCUCUUCCUCAUUGCUCUCGUCCUCCUUGCCAUGCCACCUCCGGCAGUCGCAUCCCGUGCUGAGCUCAACGCCGACCUGGCCCAUCCAGCAUCGGCCGACGACAUCAACCACACACUCGUCGAGAAGCUGCCGCAUUGGCUGCCGGCUCGGGACGCAUGGCUGCUCAAGAGCCCGCUCGAGGAUGGCGUCGCCGUCGAUGCUGUCGUGUCGGCGGAUGGCACCGGCAACUACACGACGAUCAGUGCUGCCGUCGCUGCCGCGCCGACGAAAAGCACCGCAAGAUACGUUGUCCAUAUCAAAAGAGGGAGAUACAAGGAGCUUGUUGACGUCGGCGCCGACAAAUGGAACCUUGUGUUGCUCGGUGACGGGAUGGAGGCCACAACCAUCACCGGCAACCGAAGCGUGAAGGGCGGCUACCACACCAUGACAACUGCCACCGUUAGUGUUCAUGGCCCAGGCUUCAUCAUGCGUGACUUGACGGUUGAAAACACAGCAGGAGCAGUGAUGGAACAGGCCGUGGCAUUCAUGUCUGAGUCCAACCGGUCUGUGGUGCACCGCUGUGGCCUCCGAGGGUACCAGGACACACUCUACGCAUUCGAGUACGAACAAUUCUAUAGCGAGUGUCGUAUCUCGGGUACGGUGGACUUUAUCUUUGGUGAUGCUGCUGCCAUCUUCCAAAACUGCACCAUCCUCGCAAGACUACCUAUGAACGGCCAACCGAACGUCAUCACUGCUCAAGCCCGGGCUGAUGCCACUCACCGUACUGGAUUUACGUUCCAGUUCUGCACGGUGGCUGCCGACGACGAGCUUGUCCACGCCAACUACACCGUGAAGACAUACCUUGGCAGGCCAUGGCAGGCUUACUCACGAGUCAUAUUCAUGCAGUCCUACUUGUCUGAUGUCGUGCACCCCGAUGGAUGGAUGCCAUGGAAUGAAACCAACUUCGGCUUGAACACUUGUUACUACGCAGAGUUCAGCAACGGAGGCCCUGGUGCUAACAUCAAUGGCCGAGUGAAGUGGUCUGGCGUGCACAGCAGCCUAGGUGCAUCAGAAGCAUGGAACUUCACGGUGCAGAGCUUGAUCGAUGGCAACCAGUGGCUGCCGGCAACCGGAGUCAGCUACACACCUGGGCUUCGAGCCUGUCACUUGUCCUCUGAUUACACUGUAGUUGUCUAG